AUGUCUCCAGAUACAUACCCCAAGUCGAGUGUUGAUGCGAUACCUGAUAUCGCGCGAAUACUUGACAAUGUUAACGACUGUCUGACCAAAUGUCUGGAAGACUUGCAUUCACUAGACACACGCCUUCAUGAUGCCUUACAUGAUGGGGAUGUUCUCCCAGACCGCAUCGUUCUGAGAGAGGCUGCGAAGGCGGUUGAUCUUUUGCAUCAAAUUCAAGUGAUGCUUGACCCUAAAACCUUGGUACUUGCGGACCAUUUUCUUGGAUAUGUGCGAUCAAAGUGCCUCCUGGCAGCAGUGCAGCAGCAGGUGCCCGACGUCCUACACCAGAGCGGUCCAAUUACGCUGGAGCAGCUGGCCGAGCGGACAGGCUCGCGCAGCGACCGGCUGGCGCAAGUGCUGCGCAUACUCUGUAACGAAGGCAUCUUCCGGCAUGACGAUGACCAGGAUGAGGGCGGCGGCACCUAUUCCAACAGCGCAGCGUCGCGGCUGCUAUGCGCAGACCACCCAAGUCAGUGGCACAACUGGGUACGGCUUUAUGGGAACCAAUUUUACGACAUGGCGCGCGGCAUCCCGGGCGCGGUGCAGCGCGCCGCGACGCGCUCGGCCGCCCAGAUCAACUACGAUACGGACGACACCAUGUUUACCUACUUCCAGCACCGCGGCUGGGUGCCGGAGCUGCACCGUACCUUCGGGAGCGGUGCCCUGGCGCAAAUGCCAGGCCUAGUGGCUGACUACCCCUGGGACGAGGUCGCCGGCGGCGGCAGCAAUCUCGUCAUGGACAUUGGCGGUGGUGGCGGCGGCUUUCUGGCCGGGCUGCUGAGAAAUUACCCGACAAUGCGGGGUGGCAUCUUUGAUCUCCCGCACGUCAUUGAGCACGCCCGCCCGUUUUUUCGCCCGGGUGGUCAGUAUGCUGAUGUUGCCGACCGCGUCUCGGAUCAAGAUCUCGUUGGCGGGGAUUUCUUCAAGUCCGUCCCGGAAUGUGAAGUGUACACGAUCAAGUGGUGCCUCCAUGAUUGGAAAGACUCGCAAGUGAUUGAGAUACUCAAGACAAUUCACAGGAGCAUCAUUCCAAGCUCGAGAAGUAGGCUGGUGGUACUAGAGUCCAUCUUGGAGGACACUCAUUCGUCGCGUCUAAGUCAGUAUGGAGACCUCAACAUGAUGAUGACCAUCGGGGGUCAGGAGCGAACGGUAAAGGAAUGGACGACCCUGGCCGGGAUUGCGGGGUGGAGGAUUGAGCGCAUUUGGGAUCUGAGAAGAGCAUGGGUCAAGGCAAUGGACUUCCGACCCAUAUCACAAGAUGGAGCAUAA